AUGCACUUUGACGAAAUACAGAGUCCAAACAAAGAUAUGCGGAUGGGAAAAAGCCAGCGAUUAGCAGCCAAUGGCAAGCGAGGGACCGAUACGUAUCCCGUACGUAUACCUCGAAUAUCUUGUAUAUCUCAUAUAGCUCGUAUAUUUAGGAUCCCCGACUGAAGCCCCGACUGAGACCACUUGACGCUGCCAGACUGUCUGACGGCGACAAGUAGCUGCGGUUGUCAGUGCUUAAAUGUUCGCGCCCCGGUCCGCAUCCUUUUCGUCGAUCGGCGAGUCAGGAUGAGCAAGGACAUAAGUGUUAGUAAAGGUGCUGGCGGUGCUAGUAAUAGUACUAGAACUAGUACUAGUUCUAGUCAGCGGGAACGAAGGCUUUUGAGGACACCCAAGUGCGCCAGGUGUCGCAAUCACGGCGUCAUUUCCUGUGUCAAAGGUCACAAGCGGCUGUGCCGAUGGCGCGAGUGCUGCUGCCCCAAUUGCCAGCUGGUGGUGGAUCGCCAGCGUGUGAUGGCCGCCCAGGUGGCCCUGCGACGCCAACAGACCAUGGAGGCUUUGGGAGCCUUGGGGGCCACCACCUGCUCCGCUUCAAAAUGCGAGAAAUCGGGACUGGCCGCCGCAGUGGGCACCGCCUCCAGCAGCGAGGGCGAGGAUUCAAUCAGCUCCACAUCACCGCCGCCAUCCGCUCGUCUAUCCUCCGCAUCCGCAUCCGCAUCCUCCUCCGCCACCCGACAAGCUCUGAUGGCUCAAAAGAGGAUCUACAAGCAACGAUUGCGCAGUUUGCAACAGUCAACGCUCCACAUAACGGCCGCUAUGGAAGAGUACAAACAGCGAUUUCCCACGUUCAGCUCACCAUUGAUGGAGCGCAUGCGCAAACGACGAGCGUUCGCCGAUCCGGAACUGAAUUAUGCCAUGGAGGCGACGCUGGGCGGGAACGCUUUGUACUUCGCCACCGUUGCCGCGGCAGCGGUUCAUCACGAGCAGCCCAUAUAUCACCCGAUGCCACCGACGAUCCCGCCCUCGAAUCCGCCCACGUAUGCACAUGCCUCUAUGAACACACCCUUUGCCUCCGCAGCCGCCACCGAAAAGAAGCCCAAGCUGAGCUUCUCCAUCGAAUCCAUCAUGGGCAUCAGCACGUAGCCAAGGUUCAAGAGCUCAAGAGGGUAUAUCCAUCAUUCUAUCCUCCUCCAUCUAAAAUACACUCUGUACAUAGCCCUAGAAUAAGACGACAUUUUU